GAAGAAUAACCCGUUGACGUCAUAAUCAUGCGACACUCAAAAAAACUGAUACGUGGGGAGGUGAGUUGGCGAAAAAAAAUCACGUUUUUGAGUGAGAUUGUUUGAGAAACAAGUUGACUCAUUUACGUGUUUAUUUGUUUUGAUUUAAAAGCUAUUUUCUUAAGAAUUGCAAACAGUAAGUAUGUUGUCUGGCCAGAGGCUAACUAGACGGCUUGCUAUCGAACCAACGUUAGCUAGCUAACACGGUGGCCAGUUAACGUUAGUUACCUUGCUUACCAAACAACAAGGACUGAAUCCCGAGGGUUCUGUUAUUUUGCGUUUGAAACUUUUUCGAACUGUUGAUAACAUAACAUCAAGCUAAUCACUACCAUGAGUUUGACGAUGGAGACCAGUGUCUCUUUCCUCAAAUAUGAACUUGCGUCGACCAUCGAACAGGCAGUGAGGUGUGCAGUAGAAGCCGUUUUGAAGGAAACUGCUAGAGUAGUCGGUAUCAAACUGGCCGCAGCUCGGACUGCUGCUGCUGAGUCUCAUCGUGAGAACCAAAGUUUGAGAGAGAGACUUGACGUAUCUGAGGGUGAACUCAAAGCAACACGGUACUACAUGACAGCAGCCGAGAAGAACAUCAAACAGUGUUUACUCCUUAAUCCCAACCAGCCUAGAUCGGGUGCUUUAGGACCUGGUUCGGAAGAGUCUCCUUUUCUCUUUCCCCCCACUGCUUCGGGGAGUCCUUCCAAUAUGCUCACGACCCGUGGCCCCAAGUCGUUUCGAGCCUCAUCCACACGAUCACAGUUUUCUAAGUCACUCCCCAGUGUAGGUCUUUGCUUACCAACAGUGCAGCAUGAAUGGCCCAGGAGCAGCGAAAACUUGAGAAGAAUACGGACAUCCUCCACUGUCUCUUCUACCAAUCCCUCACAAACAUCCAAAGUGCCACAAUUAGAGGUUGGAAACUCAUCUCAUCACACUGAGGAGGAUACAGAGGGUCAAUUCUACAUUACAGACGAUGGGGUUGCAGAGAAAGAGUACAAAGUCCGUGCAACUGGAGGAGAGGACUCUGGAAUAAUUCAACAGGAGCAGGAGGGAGGAACAGUGGCAGCAGAGGACCCUCACAGAACUUCUAUUACCAACUUUGAGUUGGAGAUGGGCCAGAGUCACCCAGCAGGCAAUGUGAAUGACCUGGGCCUGAUCCAGGUGCUCGAUGAGGUGGAUGAAGUUAAAAGAACAGUUAAAAUUGAAAACGACCCUGAGGUCCCAAGUAUGCUGGAGUCCCACCUCCCUGGGUCAUCACAACAACUGCCACAGAUGCCAGCUCACAUUGAUAAUGAUGGUGACAAUGAUGGUAACUUCAUGGGGUCUGUCCCACCCUCUACAGGGGACGCUGGUCUUCUAGGGGCUUUUGAAGUCCGAAGGGAGAGCUCGGAUAAGGUGCAUCGUUGCAAUGUGUGUGGCCGGGGAUUCCGCCGCUUCUACUGCCUGAAGACACACCAGCGCAUUCACACGGGUGAGCGGCCAUAUCCCUGCAGGUAUUGCGAGAAGCGUUUCCGACACCUGGACAGUCUGCAUAAGCACCAGCGCAUCCACACUGGGGAGAGGCCCUACCGCUGUGCCCAGUGUGGCUGCUGUUUCAGGGAGCUAGGCCAGCUCAAGAAGCACAGGCUGACCCACUCACCUGCUCCCACCACACCCCACCCGGUAGUGGCACUGUCUCUACUCCAAGCAGGGCCCUCCUAUACAUGGCCACACCUCCACUCACAGUCCCUGGAUUCCUAAUCAGGAUGGAUUUGGUACACACAUUCAUACAAACAUAUUUUGUAAACAUGAUAUGAUGGUACUCAUUUUGUGUGUUAAGUUCACCCUAAUCAAAGUUAAUAUUAUUUAAUUGACAAUGUACACAAGCUGAUCAUGUAAGGAUCAUAUAUUUCAGGUAAGCUAGUGGUUAGUUACCCUUUCCUUUCCUGGGCCUCCCGAGUGGUGCAGCGGUCUAAGGCACUGCAUCGCGGUGCUAGAGGUGUUACUACAGACCCGGGCCACAACCGGCUUUGGCCGGGAGUCCCAUAGGAUGGCGCACAAUUGGCCCAGCGGUUCCGAAAUUUUGGGAGAAAGGAGGGUAAAAAAACAAGUAAAGAAUAAUCUAUUUCUAUUACUGCUUGUUCACAAUGUUCUUAAUUGGCAUAAAAGGGUGUUCAUUAUGCAGUCACAGAAAUCAGCAGGUCUGUAGAUUCUGCCUGGAAAGAUUUAUACAACAGUUUGGCAUCGAGGGUUGAUUUUCGUUAACUACACACCUGGUAAAAUGGAAAUACAGAACACUUUGGCUGAGUUGAUAGCACAAUACAGAAAUGAAUAGUGUAUUUUAGUUGGUAUUAAAUGCAGAUCUUUAUCAACAGUUUAACACUAUAAUUAUAAAGCCAAAACUGAAGGGAAAAUAUUUAUUUAAAGUGAUGCUUCUGUUUAUUGUUUGCAUUAGCCUGUUCAUUUUGAACAGCAAUGAAUUUAUGUUGUACGUUUUUGAUAUACCUAAAAAAGUAACAUUUUCAGAGUGGUAUUGGAUUAUUUUGUUUAUUGUUACAGUAAAAUAUGACUUCAUAAACAGUACCCAAGACACCAAGUUUAUUCAUAAAAUAUAGUUAUUACAAUAUGUUCUACAUAUCAUAAAACGCAGAUAACUAUACUACCCGUCCUUGCUGUCUGGCAUUGCUCAUCUAGGGCCCUGUGUUUUGUACAAUCAUGUAACAGCAAGAUUUUUCUCCAUUGUAGAAUAAUAGUGAAGACAUCAACUAUGAAAUAACACAUGGAAUCAUGUAGUAACCAAAAAAGUGUUACACAAAUCAGAAUAUAUUUUAGAUUAAAGAUUAUUCAAAGUAGCCACCCUUUGCCUUGACAGCUUUGCUCAUGCUUGGCAUUCUCUCAACCAGCUUCAUGAGGUAGUCACCUGGAAUGCAUUUCAAUUAACAGGUGUACCUUAAGUUAAUUUGUGCAAUUUCUUUCCCUUAUGCAUUUGAGCCAAUCAGUUGUGUUGUGAUAAGGUAGGGUUGGUAUACAGAAGAUAGCCCUAUUUGGUUAAAGACCAAUUUCCGUACCAUGGCAAGAACUGCUCAAAUAAGCAAAGAGAAACGACAGUCCAUCAUUACUUUAAGACAAAGGUCGGUCAGGUAGCCUAGUGGUUAGAGAGUUGGGCCAGUAACCGGAAGGUUGGAUCGAAUCCCAGAGCUGACAAGGUAAAAAAUCUGUUCUGCCCCUGAACAAGGCAGUUAACCCACUGUUCCGAGGCCAUCAUUGUAAAUAAGAAUUUGUUCUUAACUGACUUGCCUAGUUAAAUAAAAAAUAAUAAUAGUCAAACCUGAAACUUUGACAGUUUCUUCAAGUGCAGUUGCAAAAACCAAGUACUAUGAUGAAACUAGCUCUCCAUGAGGACUGCCACAGGAAAGGAAGACCCAGAGUUACCUCAGCUGCAGAGGAUAAGUUUAUUAGAGAUAACCGCACCUCAGAUUGCAGCCCAAAUAAAUGCUUCACAGAGUUCAAGUAACAGACACAUCUCAACAUCAACUGUUCAGAGGAGACUGAAUCAGGCCUAAAAUAUAUUUUGAUUUGUUUAACAAUUCAUUGGUUACUACAUGAUUCCAUAUGUGUUAUUUCAUAGUGUUGAUGUCUUCACUAUCAUUCAACAAAGUAGAAAAUUGUAAAAAAUAAAGAAAAACUCUUAAAUGAGUAGGUGUGUCCAAAUUUUGACUGGUACUGUAUUUGUUGUGUUUUCAUAAACCACAUUUCCAUCCACAGUUUUUAUGCAGGUAAAGUCAUACCAUAUAAAAAAUAAUCACGACAGCUGCGAUGGAAACAGGACGUUUUAUGACCACGCUUUGUGCAUUGUCAUGCUGAAACAGGAAAGAGCCUUCCCCAAACUCUGCCACAAAGUUGGAAGCUCAGAAUCGUUUAGAAUGUUGUUGUAUGCUGUAGCGUUAAGAUUUCCUUUCACUGGAACUAAGGGGCCUACACUGAACCAUGAAAAACAACCCCAGACCAUUAUUCCUCCUUCACCAAACUUUACAGUUGGCACUAUGCAUUCGGGCAGGUAGCGUUCUCCUGGUAUCCGCCAAACCCAGAUUUGUCCGUCGGACUACCAUAUGGUGAAGCUUGAUUCUUCACUCCCAAGAACGCGUUUCCACUGCUCCAGAGUACAAUGAGACUAUUGGUUAGAGCGUUGGGCCAGUAACCGAAAGGUUGCUGGAUCGAAUCCCUGAGCUGACAAGGUAAAAAAUAUGUUGUUCUGACCCUGAGCAAGACAGUUGUGGAUGUCGAUUAAGGUAGCACUCCGCACCUCUCUGAUUCAGAGGGGUUGGGUUAAAUGCAGAAGACACAUUUCAGUUGAAGGCAUUCAAUUUUACAACUGACUAGGUAUCCCCCUUUCCCAAUGGCGGUGAGCUUUACACCGCUGCAGCUGACGCUUGGCAUUGCGCAUGUUGACCUUGGGCUUAUGUGCAGCUGCUCGGCCAUGGAAACCCAUUUCAUUAGGCGCCCAAUUAACAGUUAUUGUGCUGACGUUGCUUCCAGAGGCAGUUUGUAACUGUAGUGAUGGUUGCUACUGAGAACAAAAUAUUUUUAUGCGUUUCAGCAUUUGGCGGUCCCGUUCUGUGAGCUUGUGUGGCCUGCCACUUUGCGGCUGGGCCGUUGUUGCUCCUAGACAUUUCCACUUCACCAUAACAGCACUUGCCAUUGACCGGGACAGCUCUAGCAGGGCAAAUAUUUUAUGAAAUUACUUUUGGGAAGGUGGCAUCCUAUGAUGGUGCCACAUUGAAAGUCACUGAACUCUUCAGUAAGGCCAUUCUACUGUUUGUCUUUGGAGAUUGCAUUGCUGUGUGCUCGAUUUUAUACACCUGUCAUGUGGCUGAAUUAGCAAUAUCCACUAAUUUGAAGUGUAUUUGGUAUAUGAUUGUAAUACCCUUUUAUUUAUCCAUACUGUUUCCCACAUAUGCUCUACAGUACAUUGAAUAAACUCUUAUUUAAAUGUA